AUGUCACUAUUUAAUCUGUGGUAGUUCUAGUAAAUAGAAAGAAGAAUCGUGGAAAUUGACGAUUGCCGAAAAAUUGAGAAAAUUAUUCGAUUUAAUUUAUUUUCUGAUAGCAAGACGCACACACUACAAUGUUUUAAUUCCAUUUUACCCCGUAAAGUGAUAUUUUAAAGCGUUUAUCAUGGAUGCUGCAGUUUCAAAGACGAAACAUCGCGCGGCGAUUGGCAUGCUGGCAGUUUGUAAUGCUGGCUCGCUGGUAGCCGCUACCAACCUAGUCAUCUCACUAAACCCUGAAGACAAGAUCACAAUAAAGCGCGGCGCUGCGCUGACGGCGCUCGGCUUCGUCUACUUCAUGACGUUGUUCGAGCUGCUCAACUCACUGGCGCUCUCCACCGGCGCCGGCGCACGCUUCAGACACAAGUACCGGCUCAGCUGCGGUGAUGUACUCGAUAUAACUAACAAGUUUGUAUCAGCGGUGCAGGCGGCCCUAUCGUGCGUGACCGGUGCCAUCGUGUGCCUGUGGUCGUGCACCCGCGACUUCAUGCGCAGCUCCCACUACAUGUCCGAGGCCUACGCCUGGUUCGGAGCCGCCUACUUCUUCUACGACAUAUGGAGCAUGUAUAUGGUACACGUCCAAAUGAACUCCAACCCGGAGGUGUCGACGUUGAAACGCCGUCCGUCGAAGAACGGCUCGGCCCCGCUAUCGUCCGGCGACGGCGUCGUACUGAAGAAGCAAGGCACCACCUUCCUGGACUACUGCAAGCACGAGCCCGUCAUACUCAUGCACCAUCUCUUCAUCGGAGGCUUCGGGUUCCUUGUCAUUGUGUAUCUGCGCGGUAACCUAGGCGACUGUACGUUCGGUUUCGUGUACCUGAUGGAGUUGUCGACGCCGUUCGUGUCAGCUCGCGGGAUCCUGUCCCGCAUGAGGCUGAAGUCGUCCCGGCUGUACAUCGUCAACGGCAUACUCAUGUUGCUCACUUUCUUCGUCUGUCGAGUGCUCAGCCUGCCUUACGUCUGUCUUCUAUACAGCCGCGUCAUUGGACUGUCUUAUGUUGAUGCUAUAAGAUCUCUCCCAACCGGCUGUAAGAUAUCAAUCUGCAUAUUACUACUGCCCCAACUGUACUGGUUCUACCUAAUGUCGUCGGGCGCGUUGAAGAUGUUAUUCGGCACAGAUAAGAAGACAGCUUCCCUCAGCUGUGGUGAUAUAAAUACCAGCGGUGUCUCGUGCGGUGGGUGUGGCGAGUGCGACAAGUGCUCCGCAGUGUCGGGGGCGAAGCCCCACAAACGUAGCUGAUGCCAGGCGCGGCGGCGACGCCGGCACCACUAGUUAUUCACAAGCUAUAUGCAGCCAAAGGGGGGACUAUAGUUUAUGCCAUUCUUUGUACAAAUAUUGCCUUGUCAGCAUGUUUAACUUCCCCAGUAUGUUAAUGCAAUCGAUUUUGGACUGUAUUGCAAAAUUGUAAGGGUGUAUUUUAGCAGAUUGGGGUAGUUUGAUGUGCUGACGUCAACAUAAUCAUGCCAUGGUUACAUCUGUACAAAAUAUUUGUAAUGAGUAUUGAAGAGAUUAAGCUCUGCAUCUUUCUGCUUUCACGUAGUAAUUGGUCAUCAUAGAUCUGAAACCGUAAUUUGAAUCUCAAAUAUUUUUCAUACACCUUUCCAAUUUCCAUAUGUUUUUAGUUAGUUCUGAAAACAAUACGAUUUUAAUAUUUUUCUAGCAGAUUGUUUUGUGCAGCUUGGUCUUUCUAUACUUAUUAAAUAUGUGUAAUUCAAUGCGAUAGUCUCGUUAUGUCCCCCUGUAAAGUAGGCCGGGCGCGGCCUCGCUCUGUUAGAGCUACUGUUAUGUGUAGCUUUGUUCUGGAGCUUAUGUUGGUAGCCCUGAUAGCGUGAUGGUACUGGGAGUGAUUCAUAGAUGGCGCUAGUGAGCUAUAUUAAUAUUUAACGCCAAAUUAUGUUUAUUAGAUACAAUUUAGAGGCUGUGGUACAAACAUGUUUUGCAGUUAUAUAGUCGCCUACCGUUGCCAUGGCAAUGUUAAUUAUUAGUAUCUACCAACAUUAGCUCCAAUCAAAGCGCAAAGACUGCUUGUUGGUGGCUCCAUCUGUUGAUGGGAAAAUAUAGUUGAUGUUGUUCGUGUCCGACGUUAGAUGGUGCUGUUAGUAAUUUUGGUCAAAACCGAAAUUAAUUGAAGCUCAUCGGGUAAAGUCGUUUUAGGUAGAAAUAUAAUAAUGAAAUUGAUAUGGCCACGUUAAAUAAAUAUAUAUUUCUAAGUCAUUAUUGUAUACAGUAUUCGUAAACGAAUAUUUAUCUCGAAUAAAAAUAUAUUUUGACUUCGAAUAGUUACCGGUAAUCUCGAUUGUUGCCUCAAUUUUUCUCUAGGAUUGACAUUUUGAAUAGAUUGAUUGACGUUUUACGGCCUAGCCAACGAAACCACGAGUUCUCGGGAAGAGAGAAUUAUCUUCAUUUUCGAGUAUACGCCUAAAGUAUCUUCCAAUAAAUUGUAAAUAGAAUGAGAUGUCUCAUUUCUGCAUUUUGUUUUAUAUUUAUAUAUAUAAAAAAAAACUGCCUUUUACCAACGCAGAAUGGUAUUUGUCCGCAAGUAUUUAUACAUUUUCUAUUGCUUAUUUUUACAUAUAUUUAUAUUUUUUAUUCUUACUUAUAUGAAUGAAUACGAGCUGGAGAUACGUUCUAUCUCCAAGUCGUGUCAAGUUUUCAAGGUCCUAAAUUUUCAAUAAUUUUGGCCGAAGAUUGGUUAUAGGCUUACCCUAUGUAUAAAUUAUAGUGAAAUUGUUGUUUCUCUAUAUAAAUUUUGCUAUGUAUGUGGUUUAUAUACAAAGUGUAUUGAACAGCACAAUAUUAUGUGUCAUAGAUGUAGCUUGUUGCUGAUAACUGUUUGAUGUCUAUUAAUUCAAUGUUUACAUGUAAAGGCAUGUUUUGAUACUAAGGUAGAUCGUUACAAACAUUUUAGGCAAAAAAUAUUAUUUUAAAAGAAAUAAAAUCUACCAGUUCAAUAUCUUUAAAUAAUGAUAGGGAUUUAUUUGCAAAAAAACAAAGUAAGUCACUGAGUUUUCGCGCGGCGCUAGUGUCGUUUUAAGUCUGUUACACUACUAGAUCAUUUGCAAAUGUCUAGUAGUAACCAGUUGAUUAUCAGAAGGCUUUAUCAAAUGAUUUAUCCAGGCAUUUUUGAGAGUUUAUAAUUGAUUUAUACUAUUAUUAUGGCAGCUUUGAAUAUUUUUUUUAAAGUAAAGAUGAUCUACCUUCCUAUCGAAAUGUCCUAUGAAUAUGAGUCACUUAUGAACAUACUAAAAAUAAAUGCACAAAUAUAUAAAUCUGUUCGUCUGUGUUACAAUCUGUAAGGGUAUAACACCAAUUUAUAGGUUUAUACAGUAAAUAUACUGUCAAACACUGGAGUAACUAAAUUAAUCAGUCGAAGUUAAUAAUCGAUUUUAAACACCCAAUUACCCCCUUCCCAAACCCCGAUUCUCCCAACCACCUUUAAAUUCCUAACCCCAAAAGGCCGGCAACGCACUUGUAAUGCCUCUGGUGUUUCAAGUGUCCAUAGGCGGCAGCGAUUGCUUACCAUCAGGUGAUCCGACUGCUCGUUUACCGGCUCGUAAAAAAAAUAUGGAUCGAUCUGUUUGUUUGAACUUAUGUCGAAAAUCGAUUUCAAUCCCACGAUUUUUAAUUAAAAUCGAUUAUUUAUUUCGACUGUAAAUGUCUGUAUAUCUUACAUUAUUAUCUCGGUGUCUUUGUUAUUAAAUUAAGAGAAAAACGCGCAAAGUUUUGCCGCUAAACGUUAUGGAAUGCAUGAUGGUGAAUCUCUGUGUAAAAUGUUUCUUUUUUGGUUUGUUACUAAACAUUGUAUUUUGAUGCGUUGAGGCUAAUUUUGUUGAAUUUAUUCUCUGUUUAUACAUAUUCCGAGUGUCUUAUGAGUUAGAGCGGGGGCACACGGUGUCGCUACGUCAUCUUACACAUAUCUGUGACAUGUCACACGAUGCACUGGACUUGCAACCACCAGGACGAGGCAGGGAGGGGUGAAUGUGUUGUGACGUCGAAGCGGCACCGAGGGGGAGCAGGUCGAGAGGGAUGGAGCUAUACAACCUACAUAGCUCCGUCCCUCUCGCCCUGCUCAGUGAUCGACCAUUCUGACACAAUUGUAAUAGCAGACUAAGGCCCCAGUUGUUUUGCGUCACAAGGAAACUUUCAUUAACAGACUGUCCAACGCUGCUACGCCCGAUGCAACAUUACAACGUUGAGACGCCACAAGGCAUCCCCUCUCUUGGUGUUAGGUGUGUCCCCGCUUGUUAAUGCAACCGAUUUUGUGUUGUAUUCCGUAGCCAUUAGACUGAUUUGAGACUGCAGAUUUGUAUCGCAACAGUUGUUGUGUUUUGUUUUGCGUUGAAUGUCGUCCUUAUGGCUAUGGAGUAGAAGUUAAAAUUGGCUGACGCUAGAAAUAUUUAAACAGAGAUAAAUUAUCUUACUAAAUCGUUUUCUUUCUUGGAUUUUGGUGAUUUGUAGAAAUUGUUUUGUUACUUAAAAUGGCGCGUUGUGGCUUUAUUAUUAUUGUUUUCUAGCUUUUAGUCUAUAAAGUAAAUUAUUUAUUAUGUAAAUUGUACGAGUGAAUGCGAACCGAAUUCUUCCAACCAUUUACUUCCGGUAUGCCAAAAUAAAUUCAUUCCAUACUAAAACUCUCCGAGUUGUUUACUAAUCGCAUUUUAUAAUAGAAUUAAGAAUUUUAUAAAGCUUUUUAUUACUCACAUUGUUUGCGAAUACUUAAAACUUAAAUAUCCUGAUAUUUUUUCUAAUAAAACUUAUAUUUUAAACCCAUAAAUAACUUCCAGUUUACAAAUGCAGGAAACAUUUUAACCAUUUAGUAAUUUUAAUAGUCUAAUUUAACCAGCAUUUAUUACUUGUAUGUUAAAAUAACAGAAUAGAUCUAUCUUAACCUAACUCCAAUUGUAACGGAUCUUAGAAUGUUUUAUUCAUACAAAUUGCGCUAAUACUUGUUUGUUGCGCUAAACUUUGCGCAAACUUGCGCAACGCAAUGGAGACUACUGUUUUUUGCUCAUUAGAUGGCGCUAAUCUAGCUAGAAGUCUUUUUGUCAAAUAGAAUUGAAUGUACAAUGGUGUGACACUAGCUAGAUGAAAAAUGAGAGGUUUACACUAGUACCACCUGGUGAGCGAAAAUACAGUAGCUCCAUUCAUACAAAAUAGUUAUUUUGAUAGCGCAAUAAGUGAAUUUAGCGCAACACAUAGUUUACGGUUUUAUAUGUAUUAAAAUAAAUGAGCUUAAAUGUAAUAGGGUUUUAAUGCACUUAGUGAAAUGUUUGAAGUUUGUGUGACGGUUCAAGUCUGAGCGUUAUGUUCCUAUAGAGGCCUAUGGAAUAGGUUCUAUGGCCUAGUUCUAGAUGAAAAUGUGUAAAUUAUUGUUUUUUAGAUGUAUUAUUAGAGGUGGUAGUUUACAUUGCGGCCUAUUUCAUCGAUAAAUCUAAUGGUAACCACGAUUCUUCUACUCAUAAAAGUAAUAUACUACCUUAAAAUCUCAGUUUUAAAUACUUAAAUAAAAUUGUACAAAUGAAUGAUGUCAUAGUCAAAGAUGUGAUAGGCCGUCUCCAACCAUAGCUUUGUUAUUAAAUUGAUUAUAACAUUGUAACAACAAUUAAUAGAGAAAUUAUUCGAACAUUAUUUGUGUUAGCAAUGUGUGUUUACAAUGUGUACGAUAGUGUUACCAGUGUUAUAAAAUCUAAUUAUGUAGUUGUUUAGGCUGGCAAGCUGGGCGAAUUAUGUAAAAUUGUUAUACCUUUUAUCUGUUGUCUUGUAUGCGAAAAAUACAAAUAGCGGUACGGGUCAUUUUUAAACUAUUUUCUUCCUAUCCUUUUCCAAAUCCAGUUUCAUUAUUUCCUACGCUCUUGCUAUCGCUACCCUAAAAAAAUUAAAUCAAACCGUAUUUUUUAUUUUCCGUACUUGUUGCAUUACAUUAAUUGUGAUUUUCUUUUCUUAAAGUAAAAUCUAAGUUUCUUACCCACAUAACAUUUAAACUCUCUUAUCUAAAACACUUCUCUUACCCUUAACUAAUAUCUUUCAUGUUUCAUCAAAUGAAUUUUCCGAUUAUGUCUUAUGAUCCAUGACACAUUAACGCAUUAGACGCCAUGUCGGACAACGCUGUCCGACACUAGUGGAGGAAUAGCAGAACAGUUUUUUGUUGGCAGUGAAGGUGUUAAUCGCCAUCACCGGUGACCGCCAUAAGCGGAAGAUUUGCCUUCAACAGUUUUCUAUUAGCAGUCAAAAGCUUAAGUUCAAUAUUUCCUGACCUAUUCCUGGUGCAAGAGGGACGGAGCUAUACAACCUUCAUAGCUCCGUCCCUCUCGCACUGCUCAGUGAUCGACCAUUCUGACACAAUUGUAAUAGCAGACUAAGGCCCCAGUUGUAUUGUAGUAGCCCAGUGAGCCAGCCUGGUCAUCGUGACGGUGUAUGUGAUAACUUGUUGCAGUGACUGUUUUAUAUUAAAUGUAUCUGAUAUUUC